AUCAAAAGGUAAAGAACAGAAAAAAUAGGUCAAUCUUUACAAAUAUCUGUUCUGUUUGUUUCCUUAAAUCUUAAGAGUCCUCGAUUUUUAAUACAUUUCUGAUCGAGCCAAAGGAAAAGAAAAAGGGGGGGAAAAUGGGAGAUCAAUUAGCGAGAGGAGAAGAUUUCGAGAAAAAGGCAGAGAAGAAGCUAAACAGCUGGGGAUUGUUUGGCUCCAAAUAUGAAGACGCCGCCGAUCUCUUUGAUAAAGCUGCCAAUUGCUUCAAGCUCGCCAAAUCAUGGGACAAAGCUGGAUCAACUUAUGUAAAGUUGGCAAAUUGUCACUUGAAAGUAGAAAGCAAACAUGAAGCUGCUCAAGCUUAUGUUGAUGCUGCUCAUUGCUAUAAGAAAACAGCUACAAAGGAGGCUAUAUCUUGCUUGCAGCAGGCAGUAAACAUGUUUUGUGAUAUUGGAAGGCUCAGCAUGGCUGCAAGAUAUUAUAAGGAAAUUGCUGAAUUAUAUGAGUCUGAACAGAACAUUGAGCAGGCUAUUGAUUAUUAUGAAAAGGCAGCUGAUUUCUUCCAAAAUGAAGAAGUAUCUACUUCUGCCAACCAGUGCAAGCAGAAAGUUGCACAAUUUGCCGCUCAGAUAGAACAAUACCAGAAAGCCAUUGAGAUCUAUGAAGAGAUAGCACGUCAGUCGCUUACCAAUAACUUGCUGAAGUAUGGAGUUAAAGGACAUCUUCUUAAUGCUGGCAUUUGUCAACUCUGUAAAGGUGAUGUUGUUGCAAUCAGCAAUGCAUUAGAGCGAUAUCAGGAACUGGAUCCAACUUUUUCUGGAACACGAGAGUGUAAAUUAUUAGCUGACAUUGCUUCUGCCAUUGAUGAGGAAGAUGUCACGAAGUUUACAGAUGUUGUCAAGGAAUUUGAUAGCAUGACCCCAUUGGAUUCUUGGAAGACAACCCUUCUACUUCGGGUGAAGGAAAAGCUGAAAGCUAAGGAACUGGAGGAAGAUGAUCUUACCUAAAAAGAAGCUUCAUGUGGCAACUACUGUCUUGUGUUUCUGUUCUUUUAAUGGUGACUAUUGCUUUGUAUUAUGGGUCUGUCCUGUUAUACUCGUAUACUCCCUUACAACAAUUGGUUUACAAGAGAUGUUACUACUUUGUUUGGCGUUUAAUUUGAGAAACUAUGCUGGUGAUUGGGUGAAGAUGAGUUUGUAAUUGGAAUACACUGCUGUGUUUUGCUUUUAUGGACACCUCCAGUAGUUAUCAUUCAUUGUGAGUGGAGGAUGAAGUUGAAAUAAGAGAGCUGGGUGAUCCCUGGAUUUUGG